GCUCAGGAAAGAUGGCGCCACCGUGCGGACCAUCCGUUCUCCUCCAAGAUGGCGGGCCCGGUAACUACUUCCGGGUUUGUGGAGGAAGCAGAGCAGAGCGGAGUGGAGAAUGAGGAGCUCGGAGCGGGUGGCGGUGCUCCUCCUGUGUGUACUGGGGCUGUCACAGGGACAGGAACAACAUGAUUCAAUGGUUAAACUUGAUGGAGGAAAGUUCAAGAUGGGAACAAAUGCUCCUGAUAGUAAAGAUGGGGAGGGCCCAGCUAAGCAAGUCAUGGUGAAUCCGUUUUCUAUUGACAAAUAUCCAGUCACCAACAAGGAUUUCAGGGAAUAUGUGCGAGCAACAAAAUAUAAGUCAGAAGCCGAAUCAUUUGGAUGGAGUUUUGUCUUUGAAGACUUUGUGAUAGAGGAGCUAAAGAAAAAAGUUACUCAGAAGUUGCAGUCCGCACCAUGGUGGCUUCCUAUAGAAAAGGCAUUUUGGCGCCAGCCAGCAGGGCCAGGCUCAGGGAUCAAGGAGAAGCUUGAAUACCCAGUGCUGCACGUCAGCUGGAAUGAUGCACAGUCCUUUUGUAAGUGGAGGGGGCAAAGACUGCCUACAGAAAAAGAGUGGGAGUUUGCUGCACGUGGGGGUCUUAAAGGCAACACCUACCCAUGGGGGAAUCUUUUUCAGGAAAAUCGAAGCAAUCUUUGGCAGGGUAAGUUUCCAAGCCGGGACUCGGCAGAGGAUGGUUAUCAUGGGGUUUCUCCAGUAACAGCAUUUCCUGCACAGAAUGCUUAUGGUUUGUAUGACCUGUUGGGAAACACCUGGGAAUGGACAUCUACGGAAUACAAAGUACCUAAAGGGUCUGCUACACAUGGUGGACAGAAGAUGUAUGUAUUACGUGGGGUUUCUUGGAUCGAUACCCAGGAUGGUUCAGCCAAUCAUAAAGCACGUGUUACCACUAGGAUGGGCAACACACCAGAUUCUGCUUCAGAUAACCUGGGUUUCCGUUGUGUCAAAGAUGUCACCACACCAGCAGAAAAUGGAAAAGAGGACCUUUAAGGAAAUAUUGUGAUUACUACUUGAUUUCUCUGCUUGAUGUCAUAGGAAUGAAGUCUCUUCCUAAGGAAGAAAACAUUUUUUUUAAUCAUUUUACUCACCUAUGGGUGAAAAUAGAAGAAGUCCAAAAGAAAUAAUGCUCUUCAAUCUGCAAUGUGAAGAUCCAAAGCCUCACUUUUUACUGGGUCUUCCAUUUUAAUGAUGUAUACAGAUUCGGAUCACGUUGUUUAAUUAUUUAUACAGAAUAUCUUGCAUGGGUACAUAAUUUUGCCAGCUGUAUGGUACACAGUUAAAGCUGAACUUUAGUUUUACCUUAAAGUGGAGUUCCAGUCCCUAAAUUCAAAUUUUUUUCAAGACUAAAAUUUACCUUGCUCCACUUUAAUAUGCACUUGUCAGAUUGUGUUAUGGUUGUAGUUCUUUUUAUUUUUGUUUAAAUUUAAUAAAAUUACCUGGAUCUUGGAA